GUGGGACGAGACCACCAGACGGCGGACGAGUGACGAGUAGUUCCUGGGAAGAGUUGCCGGGGCGGUUGCUGUCGUGUUGGGUUGGUCUGUUUUGCAGUAUUUUGGCAAGUACGAGGACUUCACAUACCUGGCUCUCAAUUAUAUACCAUGUAGAAGUGUCUGGCUCUUGAAAUAAGCCAGGAAAAAGAGACACAUUCGUAAGUGAGGGUGGAAAUGUGUACAACAUGAAGUAUUCCCAGCUCAUCGAAUGGCAAGAGAGCGUGGAAGUUGCCUACUACUGCCGAGGCCACGACUUGUUUGUUUAUCUCAUGUGACUCUGACCGCUGACAUGCAAGAUACGGUGCUGUGAGUGUACAAACCCGUUCGAUGGUGCGAAGAAAAGGAGAAUAAAUAGCUACAGGGUCAAGAGGACUUACUAUGAAGUAGGAUCACUGCAUACAUAAGCUGAUCAUCGACCACCGUCCUUGCUGCUGGCCGGCCCCGUCCCCAAAUCAGUGAACAGCCCACCACCAACUCAACAAAACAAUGCAUACCCAAGAUCAGCAGCAGCCACCUCCACCCUACCCUCAGGUACACUCCGCCCCGCCCCCCGUUGUGGUGGUGCACCAGCAGACGCGGGUCGCGGCGAGUCCUGUGGUGUUAGUGAACCAUGCUGUGGACAGCAGACAACCUUCCUUCCUUAGACAUCCCUACUUCCGACGGGGCGCCAAGUUCUCCAACGGGUGUCAGUGUGGCGGUCCGCAGAUCAUGGUGCUGUUGAUGAUGGGAAUAUUUCUGAUGUUUAUAGGAUUCGUGAAUUGCAUCCUCAGGAUGUACUAUGGCAUCUUCUUGUUGGUGAUUGGAGGUGUUCUGGUAGCCUUCGGCGUGCACUUCCUACGCACGGCCAAGGCACAGUUCAACAGCCUACCCCCGGACCACCCUGACCGCGUCAAGUAUGCUGUCCCGUAUGUCUUAGUGAGCCCAGGACUCCUGCAGGGACAAGGAGACCAACCUGGGUACUCGUACACCUUGCCGCCCAUGCAGCACCAGGUGAUGGCCUACCCCUCACCUGCUGAUGGGCAGUUUGUGUACUACCCAGCACAACCUGGUGGGCUGGGUCAGGCAUUGCCACAGCCUGCAGCAAAUGCCCCACCUCCGCCAGGCAUCUACGGUGGCCCCACCUUGCCCAGCGCAGGGGCGGGCCCAGGCUACUCGCCGUCGCUGCAUGGCUCCUACGUGCCUGAGAACGACCUGCCCCCCGCGUACUCAGAUGUAGUAAAAGACAAGUAGCAAUUUUCCGAGGAACUGCAGAUCCUCUUGGUGCUCACGGCAUUGUCGGCGGCGCCGCGGCCACACGGAUAUUUCGCACGCACGCCGCUGUGGUGUCAUGAGACAUCCUAAGAUCGUGAGACAUCCCAUCCUGAAUACAUAUACAUGAAUUUCGACACGGUACCGUGUCUUUUGUCGACUGCUUGUCGGGAUCUGUCCCACCCAAGCUUUUUUUAUAUUAUUAUGAAAGCACUCUUCUUCUUGUGACCUGUUCCGCUUUGGAUCUUUUUUUUCUUCUUUUUUUUUAGGACCUCCUUGGUACUUUUUUUUACACCUAGAUGCUUCACUUAGUUACUCUGUGAUAGUAAAAAUUGGGUUCCGCGAUGCGAAAUUAAGGAUUAGAUGUCUUGGGAUACCGGAUGACAGAUGACAUCACACCGGGCAGGCGGCGGUGCUACACUGGUGCAGCAGGGGCGGCACCACGACCGUCGGCCCGACUCAGGCCGCCUGUCUUUCUCAAUGUUCAUUUCUUAAAGCAAAUAUUUUUUCAAUAAAUAAGCUUUAUCUA